UGGGGAGGGAGGAACGGCUCCGGCCGGUGGGAGACGGAGCGAAACACGGAGAAGUGCAGUUACAGCUCUGGAACGACGGAAGAAUAGAAAACAACUAAGACGGGAGGUGUUUAUGUUCGGAGGGAUUAGCAUUAGCAUUCUUUUGCCCCAAGUGUAAAAACAGCGGCGUUUCCUUCAGCUUCGCGUUCAAGUAACUGUCAGUUCAUCCAGCGUUCACCGUUAACUCCAAAAGAAGCUGAAACAAAGCCAGCACAAAAUGCCCUCCCCGUCGGACUCCAGCAGCGUCGUGUCGGUGUCCGGCUCCCGGGGCUUCUCCGGUAGUCGCCGCGGGCUCUCCGGGAGGUCGAGCGCGCGCGUGCUGCUCUACCUCGGCCUGUGUCACCUCGCGCUCGGCGGCAUGGUCCUCGUGUUCAGCUUCAUGAGCCAGGCGUUCACCUCCUCGCCUCGAGUCAGGCAGGCCUGUCCGUUCUGGACCGGGUUUAUCGUUGUGGCCUCAGGAAUAGUAGGAGUGGUAUCUUGGAGGAGACCCUUCACUCUGGUGGUAUCGCUCUUCAUGCUGCUGUCUGCGGUGUGUGUGAUUCUCAGUCUGGCUGGCUCCAUGCUGUCCUGUCAGAAUGCCCAGAUGGUCAAAUCUUACCUCACCUGCCAGGUGGAGAAUGGUCUGUGUUUGUGUUGUGACCCAAAGCAGACAUGUUCUUUGUUAGAUGAUGAAACUUUAGUGCUGUACCUGCAUGCGGACUGCCAUUCUGUACGGCACCAGCUUAAGGACCUGCUGUUUAGUGCCUGUGGGCUCAGUAUACUAUCCACCAUCAUUUGCACUCUGUCAACUGUUACCUGCAGCAUCCAUAUUUUCUCACUGGAUCUUCUGCAUCUGUUGGCUCCUCACCGCACUCGCUCAGUUAACCCAGAAUGCACCACUCCUCAGGAUGCCUUUCUCACUAACAUGAUGGACUUUGAAGAGUUUGUCCCCCCCAUCCCUCCGCCUCCCUACUACCCCCCCGAAUACACCUGCAGCUCUGAAACUGAUGCUCAGAGUAUCACAUAUAAUGGAUCGAUGGAGAGUCCAGUCCCUCUGUAUCCUACAGACUGUCCUCCUCCAUAUGAGGCAGUGAUGGGGCAAAGGGCUCCCAGCCAAGCCACAGUGUUUGACACUCAUGCUGGCGAGCUGUCUGCUGAGAGAGGAACCUCAACAGCUUUCAGUGGUGAAGUGUCGAUGGAUAGUGGCUCUCUGUUGAUGUCUGAGAUUGUGGAUAUUCCAGAUGACAGUUCACCCUCAGAGGACUCUUGCCUGCUGGAGGUGAGGGUAGGGGUGCGUUCUCGAGUGCGAGGGGCCAGUGAGGGCGGGGAGGGGGGAGAGUAUGUCAGCUUCCGCUGCCGCACCCCACAACCCGAGGGGACAGCUGUUCCCCCUCCGGCUCACCGCUGCUUCAGAGGAGAGAGGUCCAACUCCUGCUCCUCUCCCAGCACCUACACUACCUCCACCUAUAGGUCUCCAGUAAUGCGACGCCAAGCUCUGUUGGCCAGUAGUUGUUCUCAGUUAGAGAUGCUGGGUAGUGCUGCCUCACAGCGAUCCUCAGUCCCAGAAAUCAGAGUAUGUCCCUGCACCCUGUCCCGACGAGGCUCCUCUGCAGACACCACCAGUCCUCGCGCUUCUGCCUCCUCAACUGCCACUCAAGAUCAGCAAGGAAAUACAGUUCCUGUGCUCCACUCAGGACCAUGUGUCCAUCAGCGAGUGGCCAGGGAGAGAAGGGACAGCGAUGCUCUCCCCCUACUUGUGCGGUCCCACAGUGAACCAGGACUGAGCUCCUCCACUGACACAGGUGAUUUCAUUGGCUCGGUGGGCAGCAAAGGAAUGGGUCAGGGUGGCUCUCAUACCUCAUCAGACACUGGCCGAUCAGAGGCUUGCCUGCUGCAGCGUUCUCCUCUGGCAACCCCUAAUACUCUGCCCAGAAAGAGCAGCCUGAAGGCUGGCACUGAACAGCUGCCCUCAAAACCGCCCCCAACCAGUCCUCUGCGUGUCCCUAAAGACUGUGCUCGAUCUUUGGGAGACCUCAAAGUGACUAGAGUGUUGGUGCAGCGUUUCCUGCAGAGGUCCAAACGAAAUCUAGCCCCUGCUUCAGAGCACGCUGUGAACUGUAGUCAGGGACCUAAAAGGAGGGCAGGAGGAGAGGGGAACCUGCCGCUUGAUCAGGUAUUGCGUGGCUCUUGGGGAGCCAGCAGAGGGCAGCAGCCUCAGCACCACCAUCGGCGCGGGCACCACCACUCCCAUAGCGACAGCCAACACAACGCCCGUCGCCACGAUUACGACCCAGUCAGGGCAGAAGGCAUACACUUGCGCAGCUGCGGUGACUUGAGCUCCACGUCUGCAAUAUCGCUGCGUAGGCUCCACCCACCUCCACAUGGAUCAUCCGGAGCCCUCCAUUCAGAGUCCACCCUCUGAGUGGGGGAGGGUCUUAGAGGAGGAGCACAGUGGAGAGAACAGAAAGAGGAGAGGAGAGGUUGUUGACUGAGUUCAGAGGUAAAUAACUGUGCUGUGGGACUUAGAUCAGGUAGGACUUGCCAUCAAAAGAACUAUUCUAACCUCAGUCAUCUAACAGUCCACAGAAAGACUGAAGACUGGAUCAUUUCACGAUAAGAGGCUUCUCAAAUUAGCCCGUACAGAAGGAGACGAGGUAAGGAACAUCCCUGCCGGACAGUCUGGACCUCUGGCUUAAAUAAUCCUGCUAACUGAGAAAUCAUAUCUUUGUGAAGCACCUCUCUGGACUGUGCCUGACUAACACACUGGUGCUGUCUUUCAGCCUUACUCAGCCUCUUCCUCUUCCUCUUUGUCUGUCUGUCUGUCUGUCCGUCCAGACUAUCUUUCCUCUCCACAUAUUCACUGUGUCUCUGAAGAACUGGCAACAAAAAGUAUGAAGACACCUCUCACACAGUGCUUCCACUCACAACACUCACACUGAAACCUACACAUUUUCAUGGAGUUAUUUGCAAAAGUCAGAGACCACCAUUUGUUUUUUUCCGUCAGAACGGCAAUAACAUACAAAUCAUUGUCAGAAAAAAAC